CGCGGGAUGUACUAUCCAGAUGUUGCAGAGGCUCAACUGGUUUUCGCUCCGCAAUUAGGGGUGGAGCAAGAUGGCCCAACAAUUUCACCAUCGAGAGGGAGAAGGAAAUGGCGAAGAGGCAUGUUCCCGCCAACACCAGCUGAACCCAAAGACGAAUUCCGGUUUUCGAGACUGACAGAUGAAGUUAAGGAUUGGAAUUGGACCAAUCAUGUACUACAGUGUUAUUGACACACUAAACUUCAUAAGUCUACAGGGUCAUUAACGGUUGUUGACAUUUCGAGAUUGGAUCGUUGUACAGAGUGUUAACAGACUAAACUUCAAGUACGCAGUACAGGUGGGUUAGUAAGUAAGCGUUGUAUUUCAUCUCAUCAUUUAUAUGUACUACUUAUUGCUGUUCUAGUACUAGUCGUAGUUUCAUCAGACGUACUUGUUUCUUUUCUUCCUUCUUGUAGCAAAGAAACCUGUUUCUAAUGCAAGAGACAUGGGAUACCACGAUAACCCCGUAGAUGCCAUUGAGGGAAGUAGUGACGGGGAGGUUGUUUUAAAGCGCAAGAAACGGAGAGGACGCAAUGACAAUGAGUAUGAUUCUGGACCUGCUUCCUCUUGUGCGAAGCGAACACGAACGGGCGCGACAAAUGCUUUUCGGUUUCUCUAUUACGGUGAACAGCCAGAGGACGAGCACCCAGCAGCUGAAGGGGAUGAGCAAGCGCGUGGUAGUGGUGCAGGCGUAGAGGCGGAGGACGAAGAUGAAGACAAGGCUUUGCAACGGGCUUUGCUUGCAUUAUGACUGACACGCAAGGCAUGACUAGGUCCUCUUUGUCUCGUAAUUCCUGGGUGAGUCCCUCCAUCCAGUGCAUGAAGACUGUUGACACGCCAAGCCUAUUCAUGGCUGUUGACUUGGACUACACUCACAUGAAAAUACAAAAUAGUAAUAGUGGCUACUCUAAUAUAGACAAACGCUAACGCAUAAAUCAUUUAUACCAGUGAAUACGAGGCGGACUGAAAGUAGACGUACUAGAUCCUCGUUGUCAUGUUUGAAGAAAGUACAAGUUGUAGAUGUUCAUUUUCUGCUAAAAAAGGAUCGAUGGAGAGAAGUACUUCUAGUGUAGUCCUACUUACUGGUACUUAGUUUUAUUUGUAGUUCGCUGUCUCGUCUCCACUAAUUUCCGCGGCUCAGGAGUCUGGUAAUGGCGCUGCGCAAAAUGCUAUGCAGGAUGCUCAGGAGGAUGACGACAAUGUCCUUGAUAAGUCAGCGGCCGAGCGACUCUUGUCGGAGCUAGACGAAGACUCCCUGUCCUCUCUGACGUCCGGCAGUGAAGAUUAUGCGUUGGAAGUUGACAUCUCAGCGAGCAUCUCUGUGGCUUCUUUAAGGAGGAGAGCCAUAGAUAUGCAAGCUAGAGCGGUCAACUUUCAACCCCUAAGAAGAGGACAGGGGAGGCGUCAUUGUCCGGAAGGUGUCCAAGACUAAGCAAUUUACCUUUUCGCGCCUCCUCGAAUGGGAAGAAAAGAGGGAACGCAGAGGACUAGAUUGGUCGCCUAGUAUUAAGGCUACAAGAAACCCCAAGCAUCUUCCCGAGCAUUUUUCUGAGCAUGUACUUGGCCCUCCCGUUUUUCAUCAGGGAAUAAACGGGGGAACCAAGAUCGAUGAGCCUGAAGAUGGGCCUCAUCUCUGAUGAGCCGGAAAAGGGGUUUGGCUAGGAGUUCUAAUAGCAGUGGAGAAGACUUGUACGGGGAACAAGGAGACCACACUAGAAGAAGCAGAUCUGCAUAUGGGCAGACGCCGGCUACUCGCGGGUCAGGAAGGAAACGCAGGCAUGGGUUUCACCAUCGCAAUCACCUCCACCGUGCAAGAAGCUAUAGCCGAGCUCCCCAAGAAGAACGUUCCGAACAUGCAACAGCUUCUGCCUGGAGGAAGUAUAGUCGGGACAAGCGAAGACGAAGAGUUGUAGAAGACCUGUAUCGACGAGCCGAAGUUAGGGGCGAUGACCUAAGCAGAAGAAGUUGCUUCAUCUUUCCUCGUAUGUUUCAUUUCUUUGCUCGAAGGGUAUAAUUGUUCGAAGGGUUAUGGUUCUCGGAACUCUCUACAUAUGGGAUUUUAUAGAAAGGAACUGCGCGCAGUCUUGAAAUAAGCGAGUAUGAUUCACACAAUAUUAACCGAGUACUUGAGCAGAUCAUUAUCUAGGCCACUCGGCUACUUCAGCUUAUCGAAUACGAAUGAUAAGAAACGAAUUCUUUUCAGCUCUAAAGAAGGGUCGGAAAUCGAGGAAGCGUCAUCCCCUGGAUCCCCUGGCUCCUUUGUCUUAAGGCGUUGUAGUUACAAGGGUGAUAUAGAUAAUGUUUUUCGCAUCUAUCAGACCAUCGCGGCUCCGCUUAAGGGUCUACUUACGUCUGUAAGGGGAAGAGGGUAGCCGUGAAGGUCAGGCUACAUACUUAUUCGUAGAUUUCAGUUUUGAAGGAUGUAAUGCUCCUGGUGCAACCUCUAACUUUCUUCUUUCAAGACUUUGGUAAAGGUGGCGGAUUUGGAGGUGGUGG